AUGGGAUCUCCAAGACCUCCAAAGCGAUCGCGUGCACAGUCAGUGUCCAGGGCUGAAGCCCCGUCAUCCGCAGAAGAAUGCGAGUUCGCUCGCCGAGUCAAGCAGACUUUCAGUCAGGUUGCUGACGAUGCGUUUGUCAUUGGACGCGAAGUCAAGACGUUACGGGACGCAACGGCAUCGGCGAUUACAGAUGCAUGGAAGGACGCGAAGGCGGCCACCGUUACGUUGGCAAGGCAAGUGAAUGAUAGUAAUCAAUCGUUAAUCACUAACCUUAAUAAUUCUUUCAAUGCUGUGGGUCAAAGGAUAGAUCAAUUGCCCGGGACCCCUCGACCAUCAGAAGGUUCUCGACUACCUGAGAUACCUUAUUUUACUGGCGCGAAUAAGGACCCCACACCGUUUUCGCAGGCGGUGGAGAAAGCGCAAAUUGUGGAGGAGUUGUCACCAGUAACUGAUCAUCCUAUACAUUCUUUGUCAGCCUCUCGUAAUAUCCCCGUUAACACCAUAACCCCAAGGGAAGGAUAUCGCCACGACCGCUUCAAGACAAUCGACGCCCUGGUAUUCCUAGUCGAACACAAUGCUAUUCUUGCGGAGGACUCGGCCACAUGGCACAACAAUGCCCAUCCAAAGUUCGACGUUCCUCGGGAGGGGGCUACUCUUCACUGGUACAUCGAUCCAUCUACUUUUGUGAUAUCCCAUGAAGCUAGUCCGACGGAAUGCUCGUCGUUAUCGCCGUUCUACUUUGCGGAUCGGGAUAAAUACGUGAGAUUUGACGCCGCGUUAGGACAAUUCACUACCUUACCGCAUGUUGAGACUCUGGCUUCCCCUCCUCAUCUAAACUCAUCUUCAUUAGCGCUGCCGCUAACCAUCUUUUAUAAUUUAGUUCUUACCAAUUUGACGGAGCUAACCCAAGACCAUCAGCUCCGAGAGCUCUGGUCGACCGUUGAUCAAGAACGCCUUUUGCGCGUAGAUCAGUCGUCGUCGCCCUUCGGCAACACUCACUCAGAGCAUACACCUAGCUUUUCUUUAUUCUCCUUGAUCUUUGGUUCUUGGUCCUUGUUUGAUAUCUGGAUUACAUCAUGCUCAAUUCUCGUAACAUUCCAAGUUGUCAAGACUGCAUUUAUUUUGUACAUAGAUCUCAACUACCCAGGCGCGCUUUCACAGUUCCGCAGAAGAUUCUCUCGUAAUCCCGCAGGUUUUACUGCUCCUGAUAUAACGGUCACCAAUGUUGUACGCCCGCCGCCCACAUCUAUUGAACCAGUUGAAUUGAUUCCUCUUACAAUUGAUGCGACUUCUGCUUGGCCUCCGCGCGCAUCUUUUAACCCAGUUAAUGUUCUGGCUAUUCGUGGCGAUGAUAGCUUCUUUGUCGCUCAGAUACCUAUCAAGGUCAAUAAUGUCAAUAUUCUGGCUCUAAUUGACACAGGCGCGGUGAUUACGGUAACCUCGAGCAGCACUGCAUCAUUGCUUGGCAUCUUUGCCUUAUUCGAAAGUGAUAUACCCGCAGCUUUGGGAAUGGCUGGUAUUCCAAUCAAUUUGAUUGGCAUAGCUCAUCUUCGUUUCCAAAUUGGUUCUUUUACCUUUAAUCAUCCAGUAUAUUUCACGGAAACCCCCUGCGUGCCGGAAUCAGGGGGCUCUUACAAUAUCAUACUAGGCAAUGAUCUCCUUUCCCGCCUUCCUUCUUGGUGCAUCAGCUAUAAUCGUAGGCUCUUUACUGUGGCUGGCGAACAAAUCAAUAUCUUAUGCUCGGCUCCAACUCCAGCACCGCUUGUUGACUCGACAGUCCCUGUUCGCGUGGCCGAGACUACCGUACUCCCGCCGCAAACUGAGACUUUUGUUCCUUGCUUCUCUUAUUCCAAUGCCUCAUCGCUGGUUUUAACAUCGCAGCCAGCCACAGUUACUGACAAAUAUCUCAUGGUAUCUCCAGCCAUCAUUAGAUCUGGGAAAUCUCACGUACUUGUCGCGAAUCCGUGCGCGUCGUCGUAA